UUCAACCCAAUACGCCGCCAAAUGCAAAAUGGCAGAUUCCGAUUUAAACAAAACAAUUAGCGUCUUCGAUGCUGACAGUGAAGUAGUAUAUGAUGAAUCCAACAGAAAGCGACGGUUAUCAGACUCUUCUGCAUCUCAUGGAUGUAAACGACUUUGUACUGUCAGUGAGAGUACGUCCUGGAGCUCCGACCAAACUAAAAAUGGAACUCCACAAAAAGCCUCCGGAACCGAGGUACAUGUAAUUUCAACAGAAUCUGAGGAUUCGCAGUCAGUUCCCGGAAACUGCUUAACCAAAAUAGCUUCACUUGAACUUCCAUCAAGACUGAGUGAAUUGGAAAGAAAACACAUCGAAAAACUUAAUAUAUCAAUUGUGCAUGUUCCUGAUACGAAACCUCUUGAUCUUAUUCAAUGCGGAGAAACUAAGAACUACGAGGAGACCGAAAAAAUCAAUGAGUUAAAGAAAUACGUGCAAAAGAGUUCUAUGAUGGGUCAUUUAAGAUCCCUUGACCAUUUGUACACGUCCUUUACAGAGCUGUCAUCAGAAAGCUUGUGGGAGAUGGCUCCAAACGAUGAUGAAAAAAUAUCAAUGAUCCCAACAUGGGUACCUGAACAACAUAUACUAUGGUUUUACAGAUUUCAUUGUCAAGCACAUAAUUUUAGUAACCAGCUUUAUCAUAUACUUAAGAGAAGAGAAAAUGGAUGCAGCGUGCAUGAGAGUCAUAUGCAAGCAUUGUUUGAGGCGUUUGCUUGUAUGUUUGGAUUGCAAAGUGGACUCAGUGUACCAUGUCUGGAAAAAGAUACAAAAAGGAUUAUGAACCUAGAGAUAAGUGGUGCAGCUGAUAUAAUUUUCCCUUCCAAAAUGUUUUCUCCAUUUCAAGAAGUCAAACAAGGAACUCAGCAUCCGUCAGUUGUUGCAGUUUGUGAGGUCAAAAGAGACAGUCCAAAACUAAACCAAAGUUGUUCACCACUAAACAGCAGAACCUGUACAGAUAUAAAAAUCAAUUUUGAAAAUUCAGCAGAGCAAAUUUCGUCAACAACUAAUACAGAAGCUUCACACAACAAAACUGUUCUGCAUCUUGAUGAUAAAAUCAUCGGCCAGCAUGGAGGAAAACUUCUGUUCCAUUUUUCAGACACAAUAAAGAAUGGAAAAAUAUUCGGAUUAGUUGUGCAAGAAACACAGGUAACAUUUACUAUGCUGGAGAUGAGUGUGGAACAAUACAAUGACAUUGUAGAAGGAAAUGUGAAGCACAGAAGUGGAGAUCGGCCAGUGUUGAAAUUUACAAAACCGUAUGACUAUUUGAAAACCCAGGAUAGAGAAUCUAUCAUAGAGGCGUUCAUCAAACUUGCCAUGUUACAGAGGAAAAUUCUUUAAAUUAUUAGGUAACAUCAGAUCUUUAGGAUAUAAUUUGAAGGUGCUGUGUUUAGAAAUUAGUGUAUAUGGGUCCUUCUCAGAUGUAAGGAAAUUUUCUUUAGAAAUUUAAUUGGUCACAAAAGUACUUAAUUUUGGUAGUUAACAUUUAAGCAAAACCUAAAUUUUAAGAAAAAAACAAGGAAAAGAUAGUUACAACCUCAUUUUAUAGAUUAUUUGUUUUUAAAGUUGGUGUUAGAAAAGUGACGCCUCUUACAUUGACAUUCAAUUUCUUUUAUUUUUGUAUAUAAUUAAUGACUUUUACAUAAUUAUUUUUAGGGUUCAGAAAGCU